UCUGAAAAGAAAUGUUUUUAUUUUGUCAAUAUGAGCUAAAUACUCAUCAAAUUCAUCUGAACACCGCAUUGUUCCUACUUUCAACGCCAUUUGUUGAUUUGAUAUGAAUUUUGUAGGCAGUUAACUGUUUGUCAAAAUGCGUGAAUGAGUUUUCCACUUCAACAACAAACAAGUUCAUCACCAUUGUUGAGUGUGUGAAGUCAUCAUGACAAGCUCGGUGGAGCUUACUCUUCUCAUUGUCUAUGCCCUUUCAUUUUACCUUUUCAUUAUUCAUCGAUCUCUUCAAAUUGCCCGCGAUCAUUACCCCAAACUUUAUGGACUUCGAUCUGGUUGGAUCUUUCAUCGAUUCAAUGAUGUAUCUGAUGCUCAGUGGAGAAAUUUUCGGGGAAAUUUGAUGAUUCUUACGUUAGUGUUUGGUAUCUUCACUCUAGUAGCUACCUCAUGUAGAAAAUAUGGUCUAAAAGCAAAGGGAAUGGCGGUUGUUUGGCUGAUGGUUUCUUUGGUUUAUUUGACAUAUCUCCAUGGAGCUUGCGUCUUAUACAUCUUGUUUAUAGCUUCAGCUAAUUUUCUCCUAGUAAAGAUAUGCGGGAGAACAAAAUUUGUUUUUCUGCUUUGGAUCUUUAAUCUUACAUUCCUCAUAUGUAACCGUGUUUAUGAAGGGUAUCCAUUUUCCCUUUUUGGGCAAAAUUGGGCAUAUUUGGACAAUUACCGAGGCACUUUUAGGUGGCACAUCUGCUUCAAUUUUGUUAUCCUGCGAAUGAUUAGCUUUGGAUAUGACUACCAUUGGGCAUAUUACUCGAAUCGGUUUGACAAAGAGAAGCACAUCCAACGUUGCAAUAAUUGUUCUUCAGGUAGAACAUGCUACCAGCUAUUGCAGGAGAGAAGUCUUGAGAAUGAAAAAUUCUCCUUCACUAUAUACUUGUGUUAUCUGAUUUAUGCACCUCUAUAUAUUGCUGGACCAAUUGUUAGCUUCAACGCAUUUGCUUCACAGCUUGAUACUCCCCAGAAGACGCACUCAUUGAAAAAAGUGGUGUGGUAUGGACUUCGUUGGAUUUUCAGCCUGAUGCUUAUGGAAUCAAUGACACAUUUCUUUUACUACAAUGCAUUUGCCAUUAGUGGCACAUGGAAAUACUUAUCUCCUUUGGACAUCUUCAUCAUCGGGUAUGGAGUAUUGAACUUCAUGUGGCUCAAGUUUUUUCUACUUUGGCGCUACUUUCGCUUCUGGUCACUGAUCAAUGGUAUUGAGGCCCCUGAGAAUAUGCCUAGAUGUAUAAAUAAUUGCCACAACUUGGAAAGCUUUUGGAGAAACUGGCAUGCCUCGUUUAACAAAUGGCUUGUUAGAUAUAUGUAUAUUCCUCUUGGGGGUACUCAGACGAAGCUGUUAAAUGUGUGGGUUAUCUUCACAUUUGUUGCUGUAUGGCAUGAUCUAGAGUGGAAACUUCUUUCUUGGGCAUGGUUGACCUGCAUAUUCUUUAUACCAGAAAUGAUUGUAAAGUCAACAACAAAUAAUUUGAAGGUGGAAAGUUCCUUUGGGAAGUUUCUGUAUCGUGAACUUAGUGCUGUUGCCGGGGCUGUCACCAUCACUUGUCUCAUGGUUGCCAAUCUUGUUGGUUUUGUCAUUGGAUCAUCGGGGAUCAAUUGGUUGCUCUCUAAAUUUCUCCAGAAAGAAGGACUACCUACUCUUGGUGGCAUGUUUAUUACGUUUUACGUUGGAACUAAGCUCAUGUUUUAUAUCUCUGAUGCCAAGAAAAAACACAUCCACAGCAGAUGACACACAGGUUCAUUCCUGGGCAAACAGAACAGAAACAACAUGAUACAAAAUCCAUUAGCAUCUCAUGAGGAAGACCCCCAUCAGUAGAUAGUAGUUGGUCUCUUUUGAGGAAUUCAUUUUCACCUUGAAUUAAUCCCUCAACCAACUACACCUCUAUAACUAGUUAAGAGUUUUUUUUGUUCCUGUUCUUUUUAUCCCACACUACUUGCAGUUGACUAAGAGCCCAUUUGGAAGGUUACUUUGUAGUAUGGUAUAAUAAUAGAAGUGCACCAAGUUUACUUGCUUUGGGCAAAAGGUCAGAAACUGGCACAUGAAACUUGAUAACUUCAAACAUUCGCGUCUGCAAGUGUGGCCUUGUUUUAAGUGCAUUGUCUAGGUCUUCUAUAUAUAAGUCAUCAACAUCUUCUUCAACUAGACCUCUAGUCUCGCGUACUGCAACAAGUGUCAAUAGAGAAGUACUCAAUACAGAUCCUUGGCCAGUAAAACCAACAUAUAUAGAAUGUCAAAGGGUAAAAUCUUGAGAAUAAUGAAAAGACACAUGUACUAGAAUGGCAAGAACAUUCACAAAAGAUUGACACUCUCACGACUUUGAUAAACAAAAUGGAUCUAGCAAGUAAUAACAACACCAUCAUUUUUAAUCCCUCUUAAACAAAGCGAGCUACUAAUAUAUAAUAGAUAUGGAUGUUACAUUCAUGAAGCUGGCAUUGGAAAGGGGAUUUAAUAAUAGCAUACACAGUUUCUGUGAACUGCAACACUAACAACCUGACAGAAACAAGACUGCUAGACAUUGCUUUAGAGAGGCUAACCAAGUUGUGGAUACCCUAAGUAUGCCUCUUCACACAAUGUGUGUGUGUCUACAUUUCAAGAGCUUUCCAAAGAUUCACAAGGCCCUUACCGACCAUACAAAGUGCAACUUCCUAGUAUUAGAAUCAAAGCUAACUUUUUUUGUGAGUUAAUUUCGUGUGUCUUGUAGUUUGUAGAAUAGAUUAGGCUGGAAUGCCUAAUCCUACUCUCUAUCAUUUUGACUGGUUUGGGUUAUUAGUUGAAUGUCAUAUUUGAAGGGCACAUUGAAAUUUCGUGGGACGCUAUUAUAGAAUAGAUUUGGAAGUGUAUAUGGAAUUUUGAUUUUGUUA